AUGUCGGACAUAAAGGACUCCAAGUCAUCGUCGAGCUCAACCAGCCCGUCCGCCUCACCUGUUCCCACUGAGAACCGCUUCUUCCCAUCCCCACACGGUCCCACCCUAUCCGGCGUAGCCUCUCUCCUCGCCUCGCCCAGCACCCGCAACGUUGUCGUGCUCGCCGGCGCCGGAAUCUCGACCUCAGCCUCACCCCCCAUCCCCGACUUCCGCUCCCCCACCACCGGCCUCUACUCAAACCUCGCCGCGUACAACCUUCCCUACGCCGAAGCCAUCUUCGACAUUGGCUACUUUCAAAAGCAUCCACAACCCUUCUUCACCCUCGCCAAACACCUCUACCCGGGAAACUUCAAACCAGCACUCGCACACUACUUCCUCACGCUUCUGCAGCAGAAGGGGAAGCUCAAACGGGUGUUUACGCAGAACGUCGAUACGCUCGAGAGGAUUGCUGGUGUGGAGGCGGACAAGGUCGUCGAGGCACAUGGGAGUUUCGCUACAUCGACGUGUAUAGUGUGCAAGCAGAGGGUGGAGGAUGAUUGGAUUCGAGAAAAAGUCAUGAGCGGUAGCAUAGCUAGGUGUCCCCGCCCAAAGUGUCCCGGCAGAAAGAGAGGCAAGCAGGAAGGUGGGCUGGUCAAACCAGACAUCGUCUUCUUUGGGGAAUCCCUACCGGCAAGGUUCUUCCGCUGCAUUCCCGAUCUCAAAUCCGCAGACUUGCUCAUCGUCAUGGGAACAAGUCUCCAAGUCCAACCCUUUGCCAGCCUCAUCGAUGCCGUCCCAGAGACCUGUCCGAGGGUGUUGAUCAACUUGGAGCGCGUCGGAGAGCUGGCGAGUUCAGACGGAUAUGCAGGCGGAGGCAUGGGUGCAGGCAUGUACAACGAGACCGGGUUCGACUUCGAUGGAUUGACGUAUGGUGGCAAGGGCAAGACGAGGGAUGUGUUUUACCAAGGCAAGGCGGAUGAUGGUGUCGCCGAGCUGGUCAGGCUCGUGGGAGAAGAGUGGGAGGCAGAGUUGAUGAAGCUCAAAGCAGAUGGGUAUAGGAAGCUGGACGGUGACAAGCAGGUCAGCACGGCGCCAGAGACAAAAGGUAACCGCGGUACCGACGCGCAGUCGAACAAGAAAGUCGUUCCAAUUGCCAAUCCUACCAUCAAGGAGGAUAGCAGCAAGUUGGACGAUCUGGCACGCGAUUUGGAGUCCAAAGCCAAGCUAGACGAUCAGUCUGAAGACAGAUCGGCGGAAAAGCAAGAGCCAUUUACCAAGACUGGCUCAUAA